GCUUACAUUACAAUCUCUAACCAACCAAGUGCGAUCUGCGAAAAAGUUUAAGGAACAUUAGUUUCCAAAAAUUUAUAAAUAUUUAACUUAAAAGUGAUCAUAGUUUGCUGAUAAUGAAGAGCAAGCUGGGAGUCGACCUUGUGGCAAGUGAGAAGUUCGUCAGCGAUUUACCUAUGAACAUGGUCGGACAAACACCUAAGACCACAUCGCGCCGGGAGUCCAUAGCACCUAAAAUUGUUGUGUGCCCUCCGGUGGAAGAAUCGUCCGAGCCCAUAGCAGCAACUCGCGGUACACGUAUAUUGAAAGCCCUGAGCAAGCGUCUAUCUCGAAGAUCUACUGACGCGGACUCUAUGGGCAGUUCAAGCAGCAACGAUAGCAUGUCCUGUGAAACUGCACGAACGGACGGCCGCUCUUCAAGUAGUUCAUCGAGUGAUUCCGGUAGCGACAGCUCGGAACCUCAUCGUCGUCAUCGUUCCACAGUGUCCUUGCGCCGUGUAUUUCAAAAUCUUAACCUUACGAGCCGCUCACAUUCCUGCUCACCGACGGAACGUCAUCGACAACCCAAGAAACAAGCACAACCGAAGCGCAUUCUUCGCCAACCAGUCACUUAUACUUACGUCAGAGGAUUAUCCGGCUUACCAACCCAAAGAGUGCCACGACAGACGGUCGGCCUCAAUCGGUAAACAAUACGCCGAGUUCAUCGGAAGAUCAAAAGAGGAGGAGAUCAAGACUGGUUAAAUAUAAAGUGUCAAUAUUAAAAUCGCUAGAAGACAGUUUUCGUCAUAUCAUUAGAAACAGGUGUAUCAAGGGCCAGUUAAACGAAUUAAAGUAACAUUGUCUUCGUUAAGGACCAAAUAGGGCGAUGGUUAUAAGAACUUUCACACCGGAACCUUAAGCUGCAGUGUGGAUUGUAGGAUAAUUAUUAUGGGAAUUGUAAAAGACUGUAUCGAUACGAUUUAUUGGGAAUCUGGAUGAGAAAGACCAUUUUAAUUUAAAGUCAUUUAAAAUGGAUAGAAUAUAAUAUUAUAUUCUUGUUUAUAUGUGGAUAGGUAAAGACAUAGGUACUUAUUAACUUGUAAUAACGGUUCUAUCAUCCAAAUCUUAUUUCCCGUAAGAAGAAUAGUGCCUUUCCAGAGAGGAAUGUAGUUGUAGCUUUAUCUCGUAUACAUUUAUACAUCUACUAAGUAUAAUAAUAAUCAAUAAUUUAAAUUUUUGCAAUCACCUAAUACAAAGGAAAAAAAAUAUUUAUAAUUAUUGUUUAUUUUUAUUAGAUGAACACUUUUAUUCACAAAUGUACCUAUU